CAACAACUCAGCAAGUCUGAUGCAGAGCUAGCAUGAGAUUUGUCAGAUGAAGGAGAGACCAAAAAGGAUAAAAAUCAUGUACAUGGCUAACUAUCAGACUUGAGAAGUCUGUGUUAUUUACUUCUUCUAUACAAAGAUCCAAUUUUUCCUGUGGUAUGUUACAAUAUAAACCCAGCAUGAGUUUCACCACGAGUGUUGUGAAGUGCUUGAAGAGGAGAACAAAAAAUUAGCGUGAAGUAGGAAUCUAUCAUGCAUCUGGCCCAACUCUCCUCCUCAAUUUACCCUAGGUCUCUCUACUUCUCCAAGCUACAUAACCCACCCACGAUCUCACCUCUGACACCGAACCGGUUUAGACUGCUCAAGAAGCUUAAUGUUCGUAUGAGGAAAGAGAGCGUUGUAGAUUUUGAUUGCUUCUUUGUCCCCCUCGAGGAAAUGGUGAAACACAGAAGAAGCUCAUCACGCUCUUCUUCUUCUUCAGCUAGAUUCGUCUCCAUGAAAGCUAUAUCUAUCUACUUGAUCUUCAUAUUUGCUUUUACCAUCUUCAGCUCCAGAAACAUACAAACCCAACAUCAACAACAUCAGGAUCCAAGGAAGAUGAACUCUUGAGCUACAGAAUCUGAGGAAAUCGAGUGAAAAAGAUACUCAACUUUGGACUCCUCCUUUCAGCUUUGGUUUGGGGUGUUAAACCAACAAACCGUCACACUACGGGGCGUUUAAAGAUUUAAGAUAAGAGAUUAAUCAUCUCGACUUUGCAAGUUUUUCUUUAUUCGUUUGUUUCGUUAUUA